CUCCUAAAUAAAGUAAUAAAUAAUAUAAGAAUUGUGUCGUAGAAUUAUGAGAUGCAAUAAUAAUCAAAAUAAAUAUAUCUAAUCCAUGAUGUUUGACAUUAAUCAUCAGUCAGUGAAAAAGGAACACUCUUUUAAACAGGGAUAAUGGUGCAUUAGAUAAGAGGUGAUAAUCGUUUGGUUUAUAUUGUGCAUUACCUAAGAAAUGGAAGAUGAACAACCAGCGAGAGAAGCAAACAAGAUAUGCGGUGUUUGCGGUGAUCGCGCUUUGGGAUACAAUUUCAAUGCAGUUUCCUGCGAAAGUUGUAAAGCAUUUUUUAGGAGAAAUGCUCUUAAAAAUAAGGAUUUCCGGUGUCCUUUUACAGAAAAUUGUAGCAUCACACCAGUGACCAGACGUUUUUGUCAAAAAUGCCGUUUGGAUAAAUGUUUCAGUAUUGGGAUGCGUAAGGAAUACAUUAUGUCAGAAGAAGAUAAAGUUUUAAAGCGUCAAAAGAUUGAACAGAAUCGUGCUAAGAAACGGCCUCAAUCGGAUAACAUUAAAGCAUCCAAAGUUAAAAAGGAUUGUGUAGAAGAUUGUACCUUUGAAGAUACAGUUAAUUCGGUUACAUCUAAUGUAUCUGAGACAUAUUUUUGGGAGUCAGAUAAAAAGUAUGCUGAUUUAGAUGCGGGUAGACAAAAUCCUAUGGAAAAUAUGAGUCCGGUUACUGCAGCUAGUGUUCCUAGUCCUUCGAGUCCACCUGAAAGUGGAAACAUAACAGGAUCUAAAACUUUAGAUAUGCUAAAAGAUUCUUAUAGUAAUAAAUGUAAUUUUGUUAAAUACGAAUUAAUAUCGCAAUAUGAGGAACCUAACACUGAUGUAGACUCAAGAAGAAUGACUUCUCAUUCACCAAUACCAAAUAGAACAAGGUUUAAUGAAUUUGAUCUUGCAUCUCAAUCUACUGGAAAUGAUAAAAAUAUUUCUAUAAAUUCAAGAAAAUUUGAUCAGAAUUUAUUAGAAUUUGAUUCUAAUUUUGGUAAUACAAGUAAUCAAUCACCACGUUAUCCGCACGAGUAUGAAGAUAGUACAGCAAGUUAUUGCAAAUAUGAACAGAGUCCUGAAAGUGGUCCUUCUACGUUUAUCGACUGUACUUCGAAUGUAGAAACUACACAAUUAAAUUUAAGUCCCAUUUCUCAUACGAGUGUACAAACAUUUACUGAAGAAACUACAGCAUGUCAGAGACAGAAAGAAAUGUGUCCUAAAGGGAACGAUUUAGUUAAUAAAUUUACACAAAAUCCAGAACUUGUUAUGAAAUUUGUCAAUAAUCCGCAUUUAGUAGCAAAAAUAUUUCAAGAUCGAAAUUUAAUUUUAAAGAUUAUGACGGAUCCAGUAUUGGUUAAUAGAUUAGCAGCAGAUCCACAAAUUUCACAAUUUGUUAAAGAAAAUAGUAUUGAUAAUAGUAAUACUGAUACCUUAAAACAUUCGAGUCCAGAAUUGGAGAAGGAUGUGAUAGAAGAGCAUUUAUCUGCUACCACAAGUAGACAACCAUUUAAGAUCAAACAGAGUCAUGUGGAAAAUCCAAUUUUAAAGGAUUUAAUAACGUAUAAAAGUACUGAAAAUUAUAAAAACAAAGAUACUGAUCAAAGUACAAAUAAAACAACAGCCGAUGUAACUAAAGAUGUACUUCAAGAUGUUCAAAGAAUACCAAUUGCUGCCAAUUCGAUCGAAUCGAUCUUGUAUGAAGCUAUUAAAUUGGAAUUUUCAGCAUAUUCAGCUCUUGGUGGGAAUCAAAGCACCAGAGAAUUAAACGACGCUGAAAGAGCAAAGUUAAAUGAAUUAAUAGUAGCUAAUAAAGCACUAUUAGCUCCAUUAGAUGAUGAUAUAACAAAUUUAGUUGGAGAAGAAUGCAAAUUUAAAGGAAGUUUUGGACAAUCCGAUCCUAUGUUGUUGGAUGUUAUAAAUUUAACAGCUAUAGCAAUACGACGUCUUAUAAAAAUGUCGAAAAAAAUGAAUGCUUUUAAAAAUAUGUGCCAAGAAGAUCAAUUAGCUCUCUUGAAAGGAGGAUGUACAGAAAUGAUGAUCUUAAGAUCGGCACUCAAUUAUGAUCCGGAUAAAGAUAUGUGGAAAAUACCACAUAGCCAAGAAAGAAUGUCAAACAUUAAAGUUGAUGUAUUGAAAGAAGCUAAAGGUAAUUUGUAUGCCGAGCAUGCAAAAUUUGUUAGAACAUUUGAUCCACGAUGGAGAGAUGAAAAUAUCAUUUUAAUUCUAAGUGCUAUUGCUUUGUUCACACCUGAUAGACCAAAGGUUGUACACAGUGAUGUAAUUAAAUUGGAACAGAAUUCUUACUAUUAUCUAUUGAGACGAUACUUGGAAAGCGUUUAUCCAGGUUGUGAAGCUAAAUCGACUUUUUUAAAAUUAAUACAAAAAAUAUCCGAACUUCAUAGAUUGAACGACGAAGUUGUUAACGUUUAUUUAAAUGUAAAUCCAUCUAGUGUAGAGCCAUUACUUAUAGAAAUAUUCGACUUAAAGCAUUGAUAUUAACAUCUUGCAUACUUUUACUGAUUCUUACCUCAUAGCUUAUUAUCUGAGAUACAGAAAAAAAAAAAAUAAAUGAUUCUACAUAUAUUCUUAAUGAAGCCUUAUAUAAAAAUACUGUGAUCAAAUUGAGUAGAUGUGUCAUUCUUAUUAAACUGGUUAUGACUUUAAAAUCAUUUUUUUAAAUUAUAUAACAUUAUAUAUAUAUAUUAUAAAGUUAGAUUGUACAAUGUGUAUUUUGUUAAAAAUACAAUGCUCAGAUAUUUUUGAAAAAUAUGCAACCAACUGUUUUAAACGUAUUAUAUAGUAUUAAGUUCAAUUACAUUCAAAGAAUGAAAUAAGACGAAUGUAACAAUGUAGGGAAGCAUUGCUCUGGCUAGUCACUUAACAGGAUGACAUCAUCAGAAAUGUAAUCAAAUUUUGAGCACAAGUGAAUGUAUCUUAUAACAUUCAAUGGCAAUGUCUUAUUUAUCUGAAUUAUUCUUUUUUUUUAUCGAAUAAAAUAUGAUGUAUCGAUUAAUAUUUUUUUACAUAGCCACCGAUACAACAACAACAAAAAUUAUAGUAUUUUUAUAAUUAAUGUUUCUUUAAAAAAAAAAUAUAUAUCAAUCUUAUGAUAUUGUAUAGUCACAAUCAAAAUAUUUAUUUGUGUGUGUAAAAACCAAAUUUGUAAUAUUUAAGAAAACUAGUUCACCGAUAUGCAGCUUUAUAAAUUUGUUGUAUAAAGUAAGCAAUUAUGAAAAUAUGCCAGUUAUCGCACGAAAUAAUAAUGAAAACAAAUUGAUAAUGUAUUUUGAAAAAAAAAAAGAAACAAAGAAGAUAUUUAAAGUCAGUCAAUAUGACAAACUUGUCGUUAUUAUAAAAUAAUAUAUAAUUAUGGUACUAAAUAUCCAAUAAUAUUAUUAACAAUGAACGGCUUUGAAUAAUUCCAAGUAAUCCUAAAAUAAUAUGAAGAAUGAUUUGAUUAAAUAAAAUUAUUUGUUUUCUCGCGUAUUUUGAAAUCUACAAAUUGUUAUAGAAAUAUCUUCUAAAUAGAAAUAAAUAAUUUCUUUAAAAUAUGUAUUUAUAUAUGUAUCUAGAAAAUUGAACAAAAAUAAGAAGUAUUUUAUGUAGUUAUGUACAUAUUAAUUUAUCAACGAUUCUUUAUAUGAAUUUUAAUCGAAAAAUAAUACAACAAAUUUAUAUUUGAUAUCAGAGUGUAUUGCGAAAAUUUACCAAGACCUGUGUUCAUAAAUACAUAGUUAAUUCUAUAUGUUCAGUUAUAAUGUUGCUGCUAUGCAGUUAAGAAAGAGAAAGAAAGAAAUGAUGAGAAUAAAAUUGUUUGAACUCGGUCCUUGGUAUAAAAAUGAAAGUAAAGAAAGAAAAAUUGUAAUAUUUAGGAAAACGAAAUGAAAAAUAAUAAUAAUAAUUAAAUGAUAUGUGUGUACAAGAUUUAUAAAUGUUCUAAUGUACACGAUAAAUUGUGAUAUGCUUAUAUGAAUAUAUUUUUCAUACAA